GUGUGUGCUUAUAUAUGAUAAGACAUGAUUUAGGCUCUUCCAUUUUUGUUACAGGAGAUGUUUGUUCCGGGGGGGUGGAACUGAUUCUGUUGCUGCAACAAUGGAAUGGGCAAUGGCAGAACUAGUGAAAAAUCCAAAAGUAAUGCAAAGGGCCCAAGAAGAGUUCGGAGGAUACGAGGUUCAUCUGGUGACAGGCAUGAAGAGUUCCUCCCUGAAAGAUUCACCAACAAUGAAGUCAACUUCAAAGGAGAGCACAAUCCUUAUACUCCAUUUGGUUAUGGAAGAAAAGCUUGCCAGGGAAUGUCACUUGCUGUUGCAGAAGCUGAAUAUAUGUUGGCUAAUGUCUUGUAUUGGUUUGAUUGGAAGUUGCCUAAUGAGGCAGCCACAGAGGACUUAGACAUGACUGAGCAUUUUGCCAUAGCCGUCCACAAGAAAAUUCCUCUCCAGCUUGUCCCUUACUCUUUUGCUCUUACUGUUGUUAGCAGGAAUCCGAGGCUCAGUUUGCCUCCAUCCUCAUCAAAGCUACCAUUUAUUGGGAACCUUCAUCAAUUGGGUAAACUUCCCCAUCAGUCUCUCCAGACCCUUUCUGAGAAGUAUGGUCCUUUGAUGCUCCUUCACUUUGGUACUGUUCCAACUCUAGUAGAUUGUUCUGCUGAAAUGGCUCAAGAGAUCAUGAAGAAGAAUGAUCUUGCUUUUGCAAACAGCCCUGCCUUGAAGGCUGCAGAGGUAAAGAAGAUUGCUGCUGUUGAACUUCUGAGCCAAAAAAGAGUGGAGAUGUUUCAGGUUGUGAGGGAGGAAGAAGUGGCAAAAAUGAUAAAUGAGAUACAAAUUUCAUGUCUCAAUGGAGCAGCUGUAAAUCUCAGCAAGAUGUUUGUUAAGGAUGCAAACAACAUAUCUCGAGAUCUACCCUUGGAAAAUUUUAUGGAAAAGAAUAUGAUAUUCUCACUGGAUUCAGAAAACUUGGAAAGGACUUUCAAAACCUUAGAUCACUUCCUAGAUCAAGGGAUUGAAGAACAUCAGCUUCCGAAGAAUGGUCCCAAAAAAUCUGAUCAGAAGAACUUCAUAGAUAUCCUUCUUCAUCUUCAAAAGGAUGACAUGCUUAGUAUUAAUCUAACUCAGGACAACAUUAAAGCAAUCCUUAUGGGCAUGCUUAUUGGGGGAACUGAGACUGUUGCAGCAACAAUGGAAUGGGCAACGUCGGAACUUAUGAAAACCCAAGAAUCAUCAGGAAAGCUCAAGAAGAGAGAAGCGCAUAGCAGAACUGAAGUGGGAGAUUAUGAGAUCUAUCCCGGAACAAGAGUCUUGAUAAAUGUAUGGGCAAUUCAGAGAGAUGUUAAGUUUUGGGAAAGACAUGAAGAGUUCAUCCCUGAGAGAUUUUCAGAUAAUGAGUUUGACUUUAGAGGAGGACAGAAGCAGUAUAGCCCAUUUGGUUGUGGAAGAAGGGCAUGCCCAGGGAUGUCAUUGCCCUUGUGGAAGCUGAGUAUAUGUUGGCCAAUCUAUUGUGCUGGUUUAAUUGGAGGUUGCCUAAUGGGGCAACCAUUGAGGAUUGGGACAUGAGUGAGUGUAGACUUGGUAAACGGGCGGGUUGGGUCGGGUUAGGAUUGGGUCAAAAUGGGUUGGGUUAAAAUGAGUUACGAGUCAAUGAAGGUAAACCUUAAGC